AUGGCUGUGGGCACAUAGUGUCCUAUAAGGACAGUGGCACCAUGGCAUCCAAGAAUUAUCCACGGACUUACCCCAAUCACACGACGUGUGAGAGGACAAUCACAGUGCCGAAGGGGAAGAGGUUGGUUCUGAGGUUAGGAGAUUUGGAUAUUGAGUCCCAGACCUGUGCUUCUGACUACCUGCUCUUCACCAGCAAUUCCAAUCAGUAUGGACCCUAUUGUGGAACUAUGAAUGUUCCCAAAGAACUCUUGCUGAACACAAAUGAAGUAACUGUUCGCUUUGCAAGUGGAUCCCACACUUCUGGGCGGGGCUUUUUGCUGACCUAUGCCAGCAGCGACCAUCCAGAUUUGAUAACGUGUUUGGACCGAGCUAACCAUUAUUUGGAGACAGAAUACAGCAAAUUCUGCCCAGCUGGUUGUAGAGACAUAGUAGGAGACAUUUUUGGGAACAUGGUGGAUGGAUAUAGAGAUAACUCUUUAUUGUGCAAGGCGGCCGUCCACGCAGGGAUAAUUGCAGAUGAACUGGGCGGUCAGAUCAGCGUGUUCCAGCACAAGGGGUUAAGUCGAUACCAAGGAAUCCUGGCCAAUGGUGUGCUCUCAAGGGAUGGUUCCCUGUCAGACAAGCGAUUUCUAUUUGCCUCCAACGGUUGCAGCACAUCCUUAAGUUUGGAAACAGACGGGCAAAUCAGAGAUUCUUGGCAGUGGGUCAGUGAGUUUAGAGAACAAAUUCAUUGGUCUUCUGGCCACGCCCGACGUCAGGACCAAGGCCCAUCAUGGUCUUUGGGGAACAGCAGCAAGAACCGCAAACAAGAGUGGCUGGAAAUAGAUUUGGGAGAGGAGAAGGAAAUAACAGGGAUUAGGACCACAGAAUCCACACAUCCAAAUUUCAACUUUUAUAUUAAGAGUUUUAUGAUGAACGUCAAAAACAACAACUCCAAGUGGAAGACCUACAAAGGAAUUGUGAAUAAUGAAAAAAAGGUGUUUCGGGGCAACUUUAAUUUUCGGGAUCCAGUGGUGAACAAUUUCAUCCCUCCCAUCGUGGCCAGGCACCUGCGGGUCAUCCCCGAGAUGUGGCACCAGAGGAUCGCCUUGAAGGUGGAGCUCAUUGGUUGCCCGAUUAUACAAGGUAACAAUGAUUCACUGGUGUGGCGCAAAACCAGUUCCGAUUCAAUGGAAAGAGAAGAUGAGACAAUCACAAAACUCAUCCCCUCUGGAGAAAUGUCCACAGGAGCAAAGGUUGCCAUGGUGGCUGUUCCGCUGCUGCUGCUCCUUGCCCUGCUGAUUGUUGGAAUCACUGCGGUCCUUAGAAAAUGGAAGAAGAAAGGAACUCCUUAUGCAUCCGCUAAAGCCCAAAAAACAGACUGUUGGAAGCAGAUUAAACAUCCCUUUGCCAGACAUCAUUCGGCUGAGUUCACCAUCAGCUAUGAUAAUGAGAAGGAGGUGACACAAAAGUUAGAUCUCAUCACAAGGGAUAUGGCGGAUUACCAGCUGCCUGUCAUGAUCGGCACCGGGACGGUCACGAGGAAGGGCUCCACCUUCCGGCCCAUGGACACCGAGCACCUUCUGCAGGGCGGCUACCGCGUGCCCACGCACAAGCACUCUCUGUCUUCUGGCAACUUCUCCGCAGCCCCCGCCGCCGGGGAGGGCGCCGCGAACCCGGGCUAUCAAAGUCCACAGAGCCCGGUGCUCACCGGCCCCGACCCCGGCUACGAUCAGCCCAAAGCCGGGGGCUGCUUAUCCGCGGAGUGUGCACAGCCCGACUGCCAGCCCCCCACGCAUGAUGCUUACUCAGCGCCCCGAGACUGCCUCAAACCCCUCAACCAGACGGCCGUGACCGCUCUGCUGUGAACACAAGUGAACACAAUGUGAAAAGCCUGCUGUGGUACUGAGCACGGGGCUGUGCGCGGCGCUGGAGGAAGGGAGGUGUGUGUGUGAGUGUAUGUGAUUGUGAGUGUGUGUGAGUGUGUGUGUGAGGGUAGGCGUGAGUGUGAGUGUAGGUGUGAUUGUGUGUGUGUGAUUUAAUAGGAUCCUGCGGUGGCGUCCCAGCGACCACCCCUCAUACUGUUUACAAAGUUGUGCAGUUGGUUUUGUUCUGACCCUUUGGGCGCGUGUCUGUUGGGUUUUGUUAGGCUAGAAAAAUUUUUGUUAGACAUGAAAAUGUUUAGACGGCAUUUUCAUGUCUCUAACUGUGAUAUUGAGCUGCUCUGGUGUGCAAUGUGCAGUCUGUACAGAGUUGUAUUUAACAAGAGUGAAAGUAACUUAAGUUCGCUUUAUCGGAUUUGAGUUGUGCGCAGAGGUUAAGCGGGAGAAUGCAGCUGUUGCAAAAACGUAUAUAAUACUGUGUUCACUUUUUAAAGAUAUUCCCUCUGAUACUGUGUUAGCAGCGGGUCUGUUUAAACUUAAUCUUGUUAUUGUGUCUCAUUUCCUUUCCUUUGAUAACUAGAACUAAAAGCAUUGUUAGCAUUCUUCUCCUGGAAGGAAUUAAAUUACUUGAAGCAUGAAAAGCACACCAGGGUGGUUGUUAACAAUUAUGAUUGUAGAUUAAACACACACACACACAUACAACCACCUCAGCAACUGCUGGUCCUUUAGAUUCCGGUUCAGGUGGGGAUGUGCAGUGGCGGGUCUGGGCCGGCACUGGGCAGGCCUCUGCCUGCAGGGGACCUCCCUGCCCUGCCCCAGAGGCCUGCAUCCCAGAGGAACUGGCCUUCAUCACACUUUGCUUCUUCCUCAGGUCAGAUCUGGCAGAGGCUGGCUUUCACAUGCACAUCCACCUUUACAAACUACCUGCAAAGCCAAAUGCUGAGACUAGCAGCAACCCAGAGGGUGGGCUCUCCCAACGAAAUGAAGGUGGCACAGCAAUUCCAGUCUGAAUCACUGUGCCGGGCGCUGUUGUACCUCAGAGUAAAAAUAUUGCUGAGGUCAGACGCCCACACUCUCCGUGCCUUUUUUCUCUUUCCCAGAAAGAGCACAUUGUACUCUGUGUGUUCUUACCGAAGUGACCGAGGCCGAAUCUAAGUAGACCUCUUUUAUGCUGAGGUUGUUGGGAACUGAACUGAUUUUGUAAGGAACACUUUUCCGGAGUAUGUGUCUAAUUCCCCAUGAGCCCAGACCUCAGCUGUACCUCAUCUCCAGUGGCUUUUAUUUGAGUUUGCUUCGUGAGAUCACUGUGGGGGAUUUCACCUCUUUUGCCAAAGAGGAAAAUAUGUUUGUUUGUUUUUACAGAAUAUGUGGACCCCAAAAAAUCCUUUCUCUAAAUAAUGCAUUAUAAUCUUACUUGUAUGAUUAUAACUUUCUGUGAAAAAUAUAAAUAUUAUAAUAGCGAGGGUGCUGGAAUGUCACAGACUAUCUGUUGGUUAUUUUGGAGCAUAAAUGGGAUACUUUGUGGAAUUCACAUGGUUUUAUAUGGAUACUAAUAUAAUAAACUACGCCAAAUCAAAGGCC